UUGACCACCAACCCAACCAACCCAACCAACCAACGAAAACCAAGCACCCACAUAUCAUCAUGACCAUCAUCCAUGACCCAGCACAUGAGAUCAAGAACGAACGACAACUGCAAUCAGUAUCAGAUCAACUAUCAUCACUCGAACUGCCCGAACCAUCAGUAAUCACCAAGUUACAGUUACAAGAACAAGAUCGAAAGGUCAUUGGCGAGCGAGAUGUCAAGCUGUCGAGCAUGGACAUGUCUGACCCAGAAGUUCUGGUUUCGCAUGAAUCUGAGACCGAUCGGAAGUACCAAACCGAAGCAUUACAGGCCUCAUUGGCCAGUCUCAACCUUCCAGCCCCUGAAAUGUUAAUGCGAGCGAAUCUGAGGGCGGAUGGGGUUGCGACACCGGGUCCAUUCCCGCGGACCGACGAAUUUGGAAACCCUUGUCUGACUCCUAAGACCGAAUACUGUCCAACACCCAACCAACCAUCACCCAUCCUGGCACCCACCAUCAAUGUCGAUCAAGCACAAGUCGUCGACCCUUGGGACGUCAAGGGUGCUGUGGUCGAUGGCGUACAGAUGGAGAUUGAUUACAAUAAGCUCAUCGAACAGUUCGGGACCAAAGCUAUCACUCCUCAGCAGUUAGAACGUUUCGAAAACCUCACCCAGCGCAAGUUACACCCCUUACUCAAAAGGGGCAUGUUUUUCUCUCAUCGGGAUUUGGAUGUAAUUCUUAAUCUCUACGAGCAAGGCAAACCGUUCUACUUGUACACCGGCAGAGGACCUUCCACCGGAAGCAUGCAUCUUGGACACAUGGUCCCAUUUAUCGUGACUCAGUGGCUUCAAGAGGUUUUUGAUGUGCCAUUAGUAAUCCAAUUGACAGAUGAUGAAAAAUUCCUGUUCAAGUCUAACUUGUCGUUGGAAGACUGCCAUAAAUACGCUUUCGAAAACGCAAGGGACAUCAUCGCUUGUGGAUUCAAACUCGAGAAGACGUUCAUCUUUUCUGAUUUAGAUUACAUGGGAGGCGCAUUCUAUAAAAACGUUCUACAGAUCUCUCGAGCAAUCACCUAUAAUCAGAGCAAAGCUACCUUUGGCUUUACCGACACAGACAACAUUGGGAAAUCGCAUUUUGUUGCGAUCCAAGCGGCGCCAGCGAUCAGUAGCUCGUUCCCACAGAUUUUCUCGACGAAUGUGAAUGUGCCAUGUUUGAUCCCAUGUGCGAUCGACCAGGACCCCUACUUCCGGUUGACGAGGGAUGUGGCCGGUCGGAUCAAACGUUCCAAGCCAUGUCUGCUCCUCUCUAAGUUCUUUCCCGCCUUGCAGGGCCCGACUAGCAAGAUGUCUAGUUCCGUCGAUAGCUCGGCUAUCUUCAUGUCAGACUCGCCUAAACAGAUUAAAACUAAAAUCAAUAAGUAUGCCUUCUCGGGCGGUAAAGCAACUAUCGAAGAACAUCGGAAGGAAGGAGGAAGAACCGACGUCGAUGUUCCUUACCAGUACCUUUCAUUCUUUGAAGAAUCCGAUGAAAAAUUGGAGAAAAUCAAGACUCAAUACGAGUCUGGAGAAUUGUUGACAGGAGAAAUUAAAGCGAUCUGUAUUGAGACCUUACAAAAGAUGGUUGCUGACUUUCAAGAGAGGAAGAAACAGGUAUCGGAUGAAUUAGUGAAGCAAUUCAUGGACCCCCAUCGAGCCAUUGAUCCUACAGUCGUUCCCAGGAACUCAUCCAUCCAACAACAACCAGUGCCUACACUAUCAACACCAUGAAUUUUUUUUCACAAAAACAAAAUCACAUCCUGCGAAUUAGGAUCUGCACACCUCCCUCUCUUUCUUCUUCUAUCUAGAAUAUCGUUGUCUUGACUUUUUUUGUUGGUUCUCUAUCUUCGUUUGCUGGGUUUUUGUUUUGCUUUUGUCUGCCUCUCUCUCUCUCUGUCUCCGUGCUCGUCGUUUCAUCUCCUAGUCUCAUCUCGGGUCUCGUUUUGCUAUGAUUGAUCAUCGGAAUUACUCUUUUCCUUUCCGCACUAAACAAAAGUACCGAAAUGAAACAGAACAGAAGAACAAAGAGAAAAAGAAAUGAAAUGAGGUUACAUAUUCUUACAAGA